GCGUACUGCUUAUUGCGCAUGCGUACGUCAAUCAUAAUAAAUUGACAGGGCACCUGCAGCCGGAUGAUAACACUAUGAUGCUGAAUGAUGAUGCUGACUGAAACGUAACGAUUAAAAAUACAUUGAAAUAUAUUUUUCACAGAAUUCAUAGGUACUUUAUCUCAAAAUGCUUGACCCUUCAUCAAGCGAAGAAGAAUCAGAAAAUGAAACUGUUGAGGAUGAAAAUUCGGACGUCCUCAGCAUCCCAAGUGUUGAGCAGAGAAGUUUGUCAACCAGUGGGGACAACUUGAGUGUCGUUACAGGGGCACAGGUGCAUUCACGGUCUAAUAGCAUUCGACCAGGGAGUCCGAGUAUCCAACCUGUUGAACGUGAAAAGUUAGUUGAACAUGAAGCAGAUAAAUUGGAAAAAGAGGAAGAAGAAAGAAAGAAAAGGUUACAAUUGUAUGUGUUUGUAAUGAGAUGCAUAGCCUACCCUUUCAAUGCUAAACAACCAACAGACAUGGCUAGAAGACAAACUAAAAUAACCAAACAACAACUUCAAACUAUAAAAGAGAGAUUUCAUGCUUUUUUGAAUGGGGAGACUAGUAUAGUAGCUGAUGAAGCAUUUACAAAUGCUGUUCAAAGCUAUUAUGAAGUGUUUCUGAAAAGUGAUAGGGUAAUGAACAUGGUAAAAAGUGGGGGAUCAUCUGCUAAUGAUUUUCGCGAGGUUUUCAAAAAUAAUUUUAAAAAACGUUUUUAA